CCGAGCACUAAUAUUGUUGCUGUAUUUGUUGCAAAAUAAUUAGAUGGUGCAGGUGUACCUAAUGUUGCGGCGUGUGGUAAUUCCUCAGUUUCCACAUCCAGACGCCCAGCGCAACGAGGGGAGGGACCGGGAGUUGUCCACGAGCACCGGGAGGACGCUGACUCAGGUUCCAGCGCAGUUGCCGCAAGCUUUUGACUUUGAACGCUUUACCAAGAUGAGAACGGACCAGAAAUCCAGGACGUAUCCAGUCUCGCAGCAUGACAACAAACUAUCCUUCAAAGACAAUAUCAUUGUCUUUGACGACGGCGCAGGCCGCAAAAAAUGUCCCUUGGAGAUCAAUCAGCACAAGUCUCAUUUCUGCCUGUGCCACCACGGGAUCAAACGCACCACUGAGAGUAGCUCGGUCUACGGGGCUGACUUCGCAACGCAACCCACUGUGGAACCCCCCAGGUUCCGGCGCUUCACGCGUGACCACCGGAGGAAGUGCGCGGAGGCGACUCUGGACGGAGGAGACUUCAUGUGGUUUGGACAAGACAGCUACGAUGACGUCGACAGCAUGGAAGUGCUGGGCUUCGCCAAUCUCAAUGCGGCUUCCAGGCCUCUGUAAUUUGGUAACCUGGGCCUUCAGUGGGGACUAACAAGACUUAAUCCACCACUUAAUACCACCACUAUCAUGUCACAAUUUCGAAACCAAUAAUAUAGAAUAAUGCAACAUAAUUCGAAACUGUGACACAUACUGUACAUCACCUAAAGCAGUUCAGAAUCAAUAUCAAAUAACAUUACAAUGUAAAUAAAACACAGAACAUCAUGAGUCACCAGAGAUGUUCAUUAUUAAAUGUACAGUGAAACCCUACUAUUUUCACGGGGUGUGGGUCCAAGCCCUCCCAAAAAUAAUUUUAGUUUAUAAUUGCCUUUAGAUGUCACAAGAUGGUGGCAAAACUCUACUUUUGUCCAAGUGAAAGUCCUUAACUCACUUCAACAUCAUUGCUUGGCACCAGAUGCAACAAAACAGCAGCAAAAAUGUGAAUUCCUUUGGUCUGAGCACAAAAAUGGCAAAUAGGUGAGUUUUUCAGCGAAUUACAGAGCAUAGGUUAAAAAAAAUUUGUGACUGUAAAUUUCUGAAUGCCAGGUUUACUGUAUUGUGUGCAGAUCGCUCCGGAUGUGUUUUGCUAGUCGAAAUUGGCUGUAACAAUUUUUGCUCUGUCCAACCAAUCAGAGGAAGAAAAAAAUGCUUUCAUAAAGGACUAGCACUCUGACCCCAUGAAGAUUAAUUUGAAAUUUCAUUGAUUAAAGAAACAGUCCAUUUGCUAGUAUAGUUUGUUAUUUAGGCAGCAUUAUUGAUUAUGAAGGCCCUAGGCAGAUAAGACUGACACGGCAGGACAUAAAAGCUGAUUCAUGAUUAGACAAAAACAAAAUCUCCACAUUCACAUACUGGAAGCAGUGCAGCCCAUGAGGCAUAGUAUGAAAUGAAAAGAAUAAGACUGUUGGGGAUGAAUUAAUACAUCUUCAUGGAACAAAUAUUAGAAUGGAGGUUGUAAAUGUAGGUCAGUGCUUGUGAUAGUGUUUAAGCCUUGCCGGCCCUGACCAACC